AUCAAUCAAUCAAUCAAAUCAAUCAUGUCCGGAACAUUAGUAAUUGGAGGAACUGGUCUUUGUGGAAAGGAGGUGGUCAACGCGUUGAUCAAGCAGGGCGUCACUGGAAUUAAGGUGGCAACAAGAGAUGCUGCCAAGGCUGGUACUCAUAGCUGUCCAGCAUCUGCCUCGUAUGUGUCAUUCGACUAUGCCAAGCCAGAGACUUUCGACGCUGCUUUGGAGAACGUGUCCAAGGUGUUUGUGAUCUGUCUGCCAAUGGAUGCCAAGCCCGCUGUCACCAUCGCCAAGUUUGUCGAGGCACUCAAGGCUCGCUCAAGCACCAUCACUCGCGUCGUGAUGCUCUCGUCCCAGUGCUCUGAGAAGUUGACCUUGGUGGAUGCCGAGCUCCUCAUCCAAAACAGCGGCCUCGCCAACGUUGUCAUCCGUCCCACCUUCUUCCUGGACGACUUCACCACCUUUAUCAAGGGCCAGGUCAUGUCGGGAACGAUCUACACUCCCGUCGGUGACGCCAAGAUGGCAUGGCUCGCCGCCGCCGACAUUGGCCAGUGCGCCGCCACUCUCCUGUCCAACGACGCCGUGUUCACCAAGUACCAGUCCAAGUCGAUCGCACUGUGCGGCACCAAGGCCGUGUCGAUGCCCGAGCUGUGCGCACUCCUCAGCCAGCACAUUGGCCGCACGAUCACCGCUGUGAGCCCAUCCCUCGCCGACUUUGAGCAGACACUCCUCUCCUACGGCACACCUGCUGACAGUGCCGCCUACAUGGUCCAGCUCUACCGAUGCAUUGCCGCCGGUGAUGCCGACAUUGUCACCUCUGACAUGUCUGACAUCAACGGUCGUCCAUCAGUCUCUGCCGAGCAGUUCAUCAUCAACAACCUAUCUCACUGGAAG